AUGAGCCUUAUUCUGGUGACCGGCAUGCCGGGUGUUGGUAAAACGACCAUUAUGCGUAAGCUCAGCGUUGAGUUGCGCAAACACAAUGUUCCCAUUGCCGGUUUCUACACGGAAGAAGUUCGCGACCCCAAAUCUGGUGUUCGGAUCGGGUUCGAUGUGGUGACAUUUGCUGGGAAACGAUCGGCACUGGCACGAACGACCUCGAGCCAUUCCAACAAUCCUACCGUUGGACGUUAUUCGGUAUGGAUGGAAGAGUUCGAGCGUCUUGCAAUUCCUGCCCUCGACGAAAGACACUCAGCGGAGAUGGCUACGAACGGAAUGCUCCUGCUGGACGAGAUCGGACGAAUGGAGCUAAAAUCACGAACUUUUAAAGCGCGUAUGGAUGCGAUCGUGAAGGAAGUGAACGCCGGAAAGUUACGUUUCAUUGCCACUGUACCACUGAGGUCGGCCGGAAUCGACGUAAUUGAACGGCUCAAGCAAAUCAGUGGCUGCCAGCUGUUCCACGUAAAACCAUCCAAUCGGGAUGACAUUUAUAGCUACAUUCAGGACGAUGCGAUGCGUUUAAUUUCGUCCUAA